CCCGUCUCUGACCUCAUCCGCCUACCAUCUCAUUUCCGUUUUCUUUCACCUUAAGCUAAGCUACACGGUUAGCUUAGUGCUUUAUUGAAAAUGACAGACCAAAAAACAGAGAAUAUUAGCUCCAUACCCAUCGACGGAUUCAGCAAUUUAAGAAUAACGUCGAUAUGGACGUUUCUUAUGUCUGUGCAGUGGUCGGAGCCAUGGCUAAUGGGGCUCUUAUUGUUUCAUGUGGUGUGUUUGUUCCUGACUGUGGUGACCUGUAGGUUUUACAGAGCUCAGAUCUGCCACUUCCUGAUAAUCGUUGGCCUGGUUUAUAGUGCUGAAUACCUAAAUGAGCUGGCAGCAAUGAACUGGAGGUCGUUUUCUAAUUUCCAGUACUUUGACUCCAAGGGCAUGUUUAUAUCACUUGUUUACUCAAUUCCUCUCCUGCUCAAUGCAGUCAUCAUUGUGAUGGUGUGGGUUUACAGGACCUUUUCCACCAUGGCUGAACUCAAGACGCUUCAGCUGAAGAGAAGGGCCCGUCGAGAAAAGAGGGAGAAAAACGACUGAUCUUGUUCCCUAUGUCCGUACAUGGCCUUGACUGGGAGUAUUUCGAAUCUCUCCCCAACUAAUCCUGAAUUUUGGAAAAGGAAAACGGAUUCUUUCUAUUGACUUAAAAUGGACUACUACUUUCAUGAUGAAACUCUUUUUUUAUUUAGCUGUGAAAAGAUGAUAAAAUGGGAUUUAUGUAGACCAAAGGACAUUAUUGUUUUCUAUUUAUGUGUUUGAGUGUUACAGUAAAAGAUAAUGAACAUU